AUGUGUCAUGGGGAAGGGUUUCCGGGAGUUUCUGAAGGGCCGUCAAAUGAAUACCGUGAAAUGGUUUUCGAUGCUUUUGGUCAUAAUGAAGAUCAAGGGCAUUCUGAAGAGGCAGAGGAGGAGCCUAAUGCACAAGCUAAGAAUUUCUUGGAUUUGUUAAAAGCUUUCGAACAACCAUUAUAUGAAGGGAGUUCAUUGUCUGUCUUAGAGAUGGCUGCCCGAAUUACUAGUCUUAAGUGCGAGUAUAAUUUUCCCCAUACAUGUGUUGAUGGGUUUGAUUCUUUGGUCAAUGAGGCUAUUCCUAACAACAACCAUAUGGCCGAUACAUUCUAUGAGGUGAAGAAGAUUGUAAAGGGGUUGGAGUUGCCUCAUGAAAAGAUUCAUGCAUGCCCGAAAGGAUGUAUGCUAUUUUGGAAGGAUGAUGUUCAGCUAUCUACAUGUCGGGUGUGUGGUAGCGACCGAUACAAGAAGACUUCCAAAGGUAGCUUAGUGCCUUUGAAUGUUUUAAUUUACUUUCCGAUCACACCGAGAUUGCAAAGGCUCUAUGCAACCAAGAACAUUUCGGAGGAAAUGACAUGGCAUUCGAAAAAUCCUCGAGUUCAAGGCACAAUGGCUCACCCUAGUGAUAGUGAAGCUUGGAAACACCUCGACAAUUUCUUCCCAGAAUUUUCCAAUGAGCCUCGUAAUGUUCGACUUGGCUUGUGUACAAAUGGUUUUGCUCCUCAUGGUAAGUUUGGGGGACAAUAUUCUUGUUGGCCUGUCAUAUUGACCCCUUAUAACUUGCCUCCCUCAAUGUGUAUGAAAAGACAAUUCAUGUUUCUUUCAUUGCUCGUUCCUGGUCCUAAGAACCCUAAGGGCAAUUUGGAUGUGCAUAUGCAACCGUUGGUAGAAGAGUUGAAGCAUUUAUGGGAAGUUGGUGCAAAUACUUAUGACAUUUCAAGGAAACAAAAUUUUAAUCUUCGAGCAGCCAUCCUGUUGACCAUUAGUGACUUCCCAGCUUACGGUAUGUUGUCUGGUUGGACCACAGCGGGUAAGAAGGCUUGUCCUUAUUGUAUGGAUAAAAGCAAAGCAUUUUGGCUUCAACAUGGUGGCAAAGUUUAUUGGUUUGAUUGCCAUCGCCAAUUCCUUCCAACAGAUCACCCUUUUCGAGAAAGCAAAACUGCAUUUUGUAACAACAAAGUUGAAAAAGGUUCACCGCCACACAUCAUGUCAGGUGAGGAAUUGUGGGAAUGUGUGUGA